UGCUUUGCGGCAGGCGGCUGCGUCGCCUGGCCAGUCGUUCUUCACCUGCGUCCCGGAAGAAGACAAGGGCACUGCAGCGGACGACAUGCCUUUCUUUGACGUGCAGAAAAGGCUGGGCAUUAGCCUAGAUAGGCACUUGACAGUCCAGAGUGCUGAGCAGCCCUUCAAGAUUGCUUCUCGAUGCCAUGCUUUUGAAAAAGAAUGGAUAGAAUGUGCACAUGGAAUUGGUAAUAUCCGGGCACAGAAAGAGUGCAAGAUAGAACUUGAUGAUUUCCAUGAAUGUUUGCUACGACUAAAAACGAUAAAGCGCCUGAAACUCAUCAAGCAGCAGCGGGCUAAGCUUAUUGAGGAAGGGAAGUAUACUCCUCCACCUCACCACCAGGGUCAGGAGGAGAUCAGGCCCUGAGCAGGUUUUCUGUAUUCCUCUGGGAAGAUGGCUUGCUGGAAAUCUGUUUCUCACAGUAUAAAAUAAAGGAUUGCUCCACUUUA